UUUUCUAUCCAGAACGUCUCCAAAAGUCAAGCGGUGUGCAACCGAAGUAAGUCAGCAAGUACUUUCAUCACCAACACGUGCUUCAUUCAGUGAUACCUGUGCUCAGUGGCUCAGCCACAAAAGUUGCAUUGUUUUUGUGUAUUUAAAGGUAAAACAUACCGAAAUAAUCGACAGAAAUGCCACACACAGUUGAUUUGCUAGCUUAUAUUGGUGGUUUCUAUCUUUUUUGUGUAGUGACUGAAACCCUGUGGAAUAUAAUCUGUGGACUCAAGGCGCAUGUUAUUCCUCGGCUGAGGGAUGUUCCCACAGAUUUGGUCGAAAAGUAUGGAACGUGGGCAGUGGUUACCGGUUCAACGGAUGGUAUUGGCAAGGCCUACGCCAAGGAAUUGGCCAAGAGGGGUCUCAACAUCGUUCUCAUCAGCAGAAGUGUGGAGAAACUCAACAAAGUCGCUAACGAGAUAACAACAAUCUACCAAGUGAAAACCAAAAUAAUAGUGGCUGAUUUCAGUCAGGGUCAGGAGAUCUAUCAGAUGAUCGCCGAAGAGCUGAAAGAUAUUCCCAUUGGAAUAUUAGUGAACAAUGUAGGCAAGCAGUACGCGUACCCGAUGUACCUGAGUGAGGUGCCAGAGAAGGAGCUGUGGGACAUAAUCAACAUCAACGUGGGGGCGACCACGGCGAUGACCCGCUUUGUCCUCCCCCAGAUGGUCGACCGCCGGAAGGGAGCCAUUGUCAAUGUGUCGUCCAGCGCUGAGUUCCAGCCUCUGCCGCUCAUGACUGUCUACGCUGCCUCCAAAGUGUUCAUGAAGAGCUUCACGGAUGCCCUGCGCAUUGAGUACCAGAGCCGGGGAAUCACGAUUCAGAACGUGUCGCCUCUAUUUGUGAACACCAAGAUGAAUGCGUUCAGCCAUCGCCUGCAGGAGAGCACACUGUUUGUGCCCGACGCCGAGACAUAUGCGCAGAAUGCCAUCAACACCCUCGGUGAAGUCAGCCAUACCACUGGCUACUGGUCGCAUGGUGUACAGAAUUUUGGAAUGAUGCUGUCACCCAUGUGGAUGCGAAUGUACGUCGGAGGAAUGCUCAAUCAAGUUUUCAGACAAGAUUACUUGAAAAACUGCAAGCUGAAGGACAUUCCAGCGUUAUAAAUUAGUUAAUCACUCACAUAUAAGGUGUAAAGAAUCAAAGAGUUCAAUUUGCAUUGUGGUUGAUGUAACGGAGACUUUUACAAACAUCUGGGAAAAUAUUUACCGGUUUUUGUACCGUACCAAGUCUCAAGCGAUGAUUUUUCAAUCCUCUCAAUCUUGAAUCUCACGAAAGGUACCAGAACCAAUUGUUUUUAUCUAUAAACUAUUCAAAAUUUGCUUGAAUAAGAGAUGUAAUCUCAUUAAGAAGUAUAACAUGAACGAAAUUUACUAAAAUUGUUUCUCGAUUACGGUACCCUGAUCACAGAGUUCAGAAUCCUAAUCUCAGAAAUAUAGUUGAGAAAUUAUUAUAGAGGGUUCGUUGUGAAACUUAUUUCAAAUUAUAAAGUGCCAUUAAUUUACAUACCCUAAUCCUGAAUGAUAUACUGAAAACCAUGAUAUCGCUCCAACAUGCUCUGAAUUAUUCUUUUAUUCACAAAACUUAUAAAUAUCAUAAACUACCUAUCAAUGUGUUAUAAAUCCUCCUACUAAUGCUUGCAGAAAAUAAAAUUACCUUUUCUCAUAACUUAUUCUUAAUUUACUACUUUAUGAUCAGUUGCAUUAUGGCAUGAAAAUCAUGGAGAAAUAAAGCGUAAUAUAAUUCAUUUGUGACUAAUGCUCUCUCUCAGCUCUUCAUUUUGUAAGCGUAAGUAGCCUAUUGUGUGGAGUUAUAUCUGUAAAUAUUCUAUUUCAUCAUACAAAUUGAUCUUUAAUAACUUUGAUUUCUCUAGACACUUUUUCGCACUUAAUGAAGUUCCUGCUGAAAUUAUAUUAAAAAUUUAUUUUAUUCUUUCAAGAUCAUAAAAUC